GAUGCCACCGUCAGUUGUGAUCUGAACUCUGUGGGGGAAGCAACACUACUUGCUGGCUCAACACUCGGAUAUUCUGCGCCAGGGGACCCGCUCGGUGUAGGAACUCGGAAGGAUGCGACGCCGCCUGAUGCUGACUCUCCCCGCCCUCACCUUCCUGGCGGUGGGCGUGUGGGGCCACGGGCGGCUGAUGGACCCGCCCGCGAGGAACGCCAUGUGGAGGCUCGGCUACCCGAACCCCGUUAACUACAACGACAACGAACUCUACUGCGGAGGAUUCGUAGUCCACUACCAGCAAAACGACGGAAGGUGCGGCGUCUGUGGUGAUAACUAUGUGGACAAAAUACCAAGAUCUCACGAAGCAGGAGGUCUCUAUGCCAACGGGAUCAUUGGCAGAAGAUACGUGGCUGGGCAGGUCAUUGACAUCGAGGCAGAGCUGACCACAAACCAUAAGGGCUACAUGGAAGUUAGACUGUGCCCGAAUAACGACCCUAAGAAGAUUAUCACUGAAGAAUGUCUCAGUCAGUACGUCCUCCCUCUCGAAGGCACGCAGGAAACGCGCUUUAUCAUUCCUGAGGAGAGCAAGAAGUACGAGAUCUUCCAGUGGCGCGUCAAACUGCCCGAAGGAGUCACCUGCAGCCAUUGCGUCCUGAGAUGGAAGUACUUCGCAGGAAACACCUGGGGCGUGAACCAAGAGGGCCUGGAGGGCGUGGGUCAGGGACCUCAGGAGACUUUCAUCAACUGCGCCGACGUCGUCAUCAACACGCAGACGAGCGGCUUCACAGGAUAUCCACAGGAGAGCAACCAGGUGGACAACCCUUGGGCUCUCUACUACAAAGGCAGCUUCCCUGGAGUCCCUGGAAUUCCUCAAGACUCCAAGGAUCAGCGCCCCGGAGGACUCAAACCGCUGGUUAUUAGGUCGCAGGUGUGUCUCCCAAUUGAACCUCUGAGGGAAGUUCAUAGGCUAGAGGAAUGGUGCAAGACGAACUGCCUGAAGUACCCUCCCAACUGCGACCCUGAGAUCUGUAAAUGUGUUAACGAAUGUGAAGCCAUCGGCGAGUUUGCCAAGCAGCCCGGGGCCGACAUCUACUGCCACCAGAACUGCCUCAGGAACCCUCCCAUUUGCCCCAAGGACCGGUGCAGAUGCUUCUAAGAGAGGAUCGAUCCCGUCGCCCGGUGUUUCCUGGCGAUGGGGACGAGGAAGUUGACGGCGGAGACUCUCGCAGUGAAUGUGACAAUGGCUAAUCGUGCGGUGAUGAUAAUUAUUGGUUUUAACUGGUGCUGUUGUUGUUACGACUGCUUGUGCUUUUAUCUGGCAUUACGAUUAUUGUUGUUCUUCUGAUAUUUGUUUAUGCUGUUGGUCUCUGUAAUUUUUGGUUAUUUUCUGUUAGUUGUAUUAAUGGUAACAAUAAUGAUAUUGGUAACAUUAUUAUCGUUAUUGAUGUUCAUGCUGUUGCUGUGUGGUGUUAUUGCUAUGAUGAUGAUGAUUAGCAUUAUCGUUAUCAUUAUUCAUUAACAUUCUAUUGAUGAUGCUGUUGUUGUUAUUGAUAUUAUCAUUGCUGUUACCAAUAUUGUUGUUACUAUUAU